CUGAAAAGAGACCCAGUAUGUUUUAGUGAAGAUGACUAUAUAUGCAUACAUAUAUUUUAAGGUCAACAUUUGAAGAGCUCUUUACCCAAAACUCAAAUCUGUUGCUGCUUAUAGAAAUGAAAUUGCGUGUUUAUCUAAGCCAUUGAGAUGUAAUUUCAGUUUAUGCCAUGUUAGCACAGCUAAUCCUUUCAGGGAUGUUCAGCUUCUGCCAAUUCAGUCAAUGGACUAAUUGUGUGAAGUGAAGCAUACAAGCACAGCAGUGUUUUAUGUACUACAUCUUAGCACUUCCUGAUCCUGUCUCACUGCACACUACCUUCUUGCAGUCUUCUAGUCAGACCUGUUGUAGAGUCAGAAAUGCUCAGAUUAAUUUUCCCUGCUUUGACAAGCUCUUUUACAUUGCAGGAGGCCAGCUUUUAUAGUGCAUCCAUAGGAAGCGUCUCCACUGCAGCCUUUCACCGCACAGGAGACAGACUGAAGAUGUAGGCAGCUGGUAAAUGUGAAAGCAAUGAAGAGGUGUUCUGAGGCUGAUGGUGCUUUCCAUAGUACAAGCAUUUUCUGGGAAGGGCAUAAGAAGGAAGAUAAACAGGAGAUGAUCAUGGCAAGCUGAGAAGUAGCUGUAGGAGACCAAGACGUUCCAAAGAGAAGAUCACAGCAAAAAGGUCCUCAGGCUCCAUCAGCCACCAGCUGAUCAGAUUGCAGCAGCGUAGGUGUUGCCAUGAGGAUCAGGAGGUGUCCUGUCUGCUUCAUAGCUUGUCUUUUGGUCCUGUUGGGUAAACACCAGAGAGAGCCCAAUAUAGAGGCAGAGCACAUGUUUUAGGAGAGCUGACAAGCCAGUUCCUGCACAUACAUGCAUCUGCGUAAGAAUACUCUAAGUCCAGAGGCCUCUGUGGGACUGCAUGGACGUAAGAACUGUUGCAUGCGUGGGGUUAGACUCUGCUUUUUGAGCGAUGAUGCUCCGCCGAAGAUUUGUUCUAUUUCUUCCCCGACUUGUAAGCCUGCUGGUGGUGGCCUGUUGCUUGGUGACAAUUGUUUAUAUGUUGGCUUGCACACCCAAGGGUGACAAUCAGCAGCUUUCCUUGCCGAGGGUGCAUAGUCCGGCUAUGAAGGAGGGAUAUAAAGCCAUUCUGCAAGAGCGAGAAGAGUAUCACCUCAACUACAUCAUCAGUUUGAAGAAACAAAUUGCCCAGCUGAAGGCUGAGCUCCAGGGCAGGAGCGAGCAGUUUAAGAACAUGCAGGACCAGCACCCAGACCCUUUGGGCGUUCGACUUGACCACAGUAACCCGGAGAAGGCCCAGGCUAAUCUGCUGGCUUUCCUCCGUUCUCAAAUAGACAAAGCCGAGGUGCACAGCGGCAUUAAGCUGUCCACAGAGUAUGCAGUUGUGCCCUUUGAGACCUUUACCCUUCAGAAAGUGUACCAGCUGGAGACAGGGCUGACGCGCCACCCGGAGGAGAAACCUGUAAGGAAGGAUAAGCGAAAUGAGUUGAUAGAGGUGAUCGAGUUAGCUGUUGGGAGCUUGAACAAUCCAGAGGGAGAUGGCAAUGCAAAGCACCGUGUGUACACAGCCUCUGACUUCAUUGAAGGGAUCUACCGUACAGAAAAAGACAAAGGCACAUUGUAUGAGCUGACUUUCAAAGGAGACACAAAACAUCAGUUCAAGAAGAUUGGUUUAUUCCGGCCAUUUGGUCCGAUAAUGAAAGUGAAAAAUGAAAAUGUCAAUGUAGCUGACACACUUAUUAAUGUCAUUGUGCCAUUGGCCAAGAGAGCCAGCAAAUUUCGGCAAUUCAUGCAGAAUUUCAGGGAAAUAGGCAUUCAGCAGGAUGGGAGAAUUCACCUCACUGUAGUUUAUUUUGGAAAAGAACAAAUGAAUGAAGUCAAAUCGAUACUUGAAAAUACCUCCAAGUCAGCCAACUUCAAGAACUUCACCUUCAUCCAAUUGAAUGAAGAAUUUUCCAGGGGCAAAGGAUUAGAUGUUGGUGCUCGAUUUUGGAAAGGAAACAAUGUUGUUCUCUUUUUCUGCGACGUGGACAUAUACUUCACAGCUGAAUUCCUAAACUCCUGUAGAUUGAACACACAGCCAGGGAAGAAGGUGUUUUAUCCUGUCCUCUUCAGCCAGUAUAACCCUAGUAUAAUUUAUGGCCACCAUGAUUCCAUCCCAUCUUUAAAACAGCAGCUGGUUAUUAAAAAAGAAACUGGAUUUUGGAGAGACUUUGGGUUUGGGAUGACUUGCCAAUACAGAUCUGAUUUUAUCAACAUAGGUGGCUUUGAUCUGGACAUUAAAGGAUGGGGUGGUGAAGAUGUACAUCUGUACCGCAAAUACAUUCACAGCAACCUCAUGGUGAUCCGAACGCCUGUCAGGGGUCUUUUCCAUCUGUGGCAUGAAAAGCAGUGCCUGGAUGAGCUGGCCCCAGAGCAGUACAAAAUGUGCAUACAAUCCAAGGCCAUGAAUGAGGCUUCUCAUGGCCAGCUUGGGAUGCUUGUUUUCAAGCAAGAGAUUGAGACACACCUGCAUAGACGGAAAUGGAGAAAGAAGAAGACAUGAUGCCAGAAAGGGAGGAAAAACCCCUCUGAAUUGGACCGUAGGGUGUUUUGGAAAAGAGCUGCUAACAAGAGAAGAUGAGAUGAUACUGAAAGAGCAUGGCGAUUCCAGCAGGAUGGCAGCAGAAUUUUUAAGUACUCCAUCAGCCUGACUGUUCAGCACUUGCUUCUAGGGGAGACCUGAACACUUGAUGAGAUUUGAGGUCACAGAGACAAUGAACAUUACACGAAUGACAGUGUGGCAUUCACAAUAACAAACGGAUAAGCUCUUCCAUUGAAAUGUUUGUAAGAUGUGUACAGUUACUUAAAGGAUUGACCCAUUGUGGGGCCAAUAAUAAUAAGGUAUUUUCUACAUCUAACCUGACAUAUCUAAAAAGGGCUAUUUCUGUCUAUUUUGAAGGGCAGGGCUCCUGCUCUGAGAAUGACAUCUGAUUGUUAAGGAUGGUUAAGCUGGAGUGACCAAAAAGCUUUUUCCCUUAAGGAGCUAGAGUGGGGAAACAGCAGCAGUGCACUGACAGGGUAUUCCCAGUUCAUUCAGAGGCAAGAGGCACCUCAGAAAGUGCUUUCUAAAAUCUAGAAGGAGAAAGUCCUACUGGUCAAGUGUGGUGUUUCCAAAACACUGGAAAGUAGUACUUGUUCUCUUUUGCAGACAGCAAACCAAAAGCACUGAGCCAUGUUAUAUCACAUGAAUUAGAUGAUGUAUUUGUGCUUUAGAAUACUGUAAGUAUCUCAAGAUUUAUUUUUAAAUGAAGUUGGUUUUGCUUGGGAAUUACGUUGUCAUACUUCAAGUUUUCUACUUCUAGCCUUACUAGGAAAUAGUAACAGCCUUCCAAGACUUGAAAAAUGCUCUGCAGAUCUGUGUUUCCUGUGGAUGGAAACUGAGUUCAGAUAAGUGAAGUGAUUUUUCUACACAAUCUGGAUGCUGGGAGACAGAAGCUUUACCAUGCUGAAGAAAAGGAAAUAUAUAUCAACUUGCAGUACUGAUUUAGCUGGAGGCUUUAAACACUGAAUGUCAGAUACCAAAAUUAAUGACCAUUUUCUGAUUUUAUACCAAAGUAUUCCUUUUAAGCCAAAUGUAGAAUCUGGCCCAGGGCAUUGCAAGCUUUUUGUAAUUAACAAAAUAAAUUUCUGUGAUGGAUUACUGGACCCUGCAAAUUCUCUUAUGAUAAUUAUAGGUGCAUCCCAAAAAUUAGUCUCCUUCUUAACAGAUUUUUUCAAUUGCCUAAAACUGUUGAAAGCAUGAGUUACUGCUCUUAUAAAGCAUUUUUCUUCUAAUGCUGACUGCUGUUUGUCAUUUUAAUGUAUACUAGCCAACAAAAACCGCAUGGGCUUGGAAAUCCUAUUUGCUUACCUACAUGCUGUUUCUCCAAGUGGUCUCUUUGGUUUAUAGCUUCAGAUUAAUUCAAAGCAGUCUGAAAAUAGAUUUUCAUUUGGUUUUUGGCUUGAAAAAGCUGGUGGAAGAAAUAUGCAAGAUAGCACUGAACAAUGAAUAACAUGCUUUUUGUCGUGCCACUGGGAGAGCACUUAUGAACCUCUUUUGAAAGCACUGUGUGCCCAAUCUGAAGGCUGAAACCAUGCUACUGUAAGUACCUUUUCCCUUGACACAUGUUUACACAUGGUUUUCUUCUGUUGGAUGCAUAUGAUCUGCAUUGCAAUUGCCUUGCAAAUCACCAAAUGUCCAAAACCAAUGCAAAAGUACAACAAACAGAAUGGAAACUCUGUAUGCUUAAAAACCCAACCCCCAAAUACAUAACUUGCCAUAAAAAAUUCAGCAAUAACUCAAGUAGGUCCUCCAAAGAACAUUUUUGUUCCCAGAUUGCAUGAUAAAUUAUUUAUAAAGGGCUUUGUUUUGAUGGAGUAACUUUUUAAAUAUACGGUAAGAGGAGACAGGUAUAGCUUGUUGAAUAUCUGUGAGAGCUAUGGUAACUCAGCUGCUCCAAAGUGACAGUUGUUCCUACAGUCCCACUUAACCUGAGUUUGAAACUGAGCGGUGUGUAUUAGGAAAGUUUCAUAAUCAUAACCUGCCUCAAGCCUAACCUGAAUAUUUCCAUGAUGUUUUUAAUUUAUCCUCCCUUAAGUUUCCCUAAGCCCUCAGCAACUUCAUGUAUCUUUGAGGUUGGCUACACUUGUAGAGCAAGGGUAGACAGCUGAUCUCCAGAGGCCUCUUCGAGCCUAUAUUACUCUGUAAUUCGAAGCAUUGGGCACCUGUUAAUUCAACAUUUUGUUACUUGGGGUACCUUAGCAAGCAUGUCAUCCAUCCCCUGUGGGAGUUUCACAAGUUAUGUUUUCAAGUAGGACAGGACAGGACAACAGGACAACAGCUGUGGCACGUUCUUCACAUGAAAACUGAUGCUAACUUUUCUCUAGGAUCUCUGAGUGACUUUUCAUUUUAGGCACAUUUUUCAAAAGAAACAGUUCAUGAAGAGGAAAGGAGAGAUUUUUUUCCCCCUACAAAUAUUGUGGCACUACCUCUCAUGAUUGGUGCAGAUUAAUUUGAAAGUAUCUCUUUGAUACAUGUGAUAUAGUUCUCAAGAAGCUCCUUAUGUCAUUUGCCCUGCCAGAGUGUCGUCACUUUCAGAAUCUCACUUGAAGACUUUAUCUCCUGACUUAAACCUGCUGUAACUGGAGUGCUGUUGUCCCCUCUUUUCUUGUCUGGAAACCACCUAUCAGUGUAGUUGUAAAUUUUAAGACCAGAUGAUUGCAACAGUUUCUAUUAUUCUGUAUUCUGCAAGGCUUAGAUCAACAUAAGACUGAAGUUUUUGACUGCUUCCCCAAGUUAAGCAGAAUAGCCCUGAUGCAACAGAAAGAAUGGAACAGAUAAACAACUGAAACCAGGUUGACUCUUGUUCAUGACUUGAGAAUUGUGUCUCUAAAAAAUGUUCUCAGAUUUGUACCACAACCCUCAGCCACACAGUUUGUCACGUGCAACAACCUGAGGGAAUCUGGGUGAGGAUUCAUUUUGUAUGUGAUUUGCGCAGCCUCUCCCACAAUAUUCUGAAGUAUGUAUUUAAAGAGCAGCAUAACAGAUAAAAAGAGAAAACAUUAUGUUGAAAGAUCAAGUUCUAUAUUAAAGUUUACACCAGAUGCAUCUCGGUAAUCUGGACACAACUUGCAAUAAAUAGCUCCAUUUUGCAAAAUA